AUGGCUGCUACCUACGAGAAGACCCCGGCAGAGAUCCACAGCGAUGCCAUCGGCACUCCUCACUCGGAUGCCUCUCUACCCAGUGACAAAGAGGCGACGCUGGAGGCGCGCGAGAUCUUCAAGGACGGCCACGAGGGCGUCAAGUUCCGCACCGUCAGCUGGCAACGUGCCACCAUCAUCUUCCUCAAGAUCCAGUUCGCCAUGAGCAUCCUCGCCGUGCCGGGGGCAUUGGCCACCUUGGGAGCCGUGGGGGGCGCCCUGUCCAUCGUGGGCUGGGAGAUCCUGAAUACCUACACGGCCGUCAUCCUGGGCGACUUUCGCAACCGUCACCCUGAAUGCCACACACUCGCGGACAUGUGUGGGCUCCUCUGGGGCCGCGUGGGCAAAGAGCUCGUCGGACUGCAAAUCCUGGUUGCACAGGUACUCAUCACGGCGGCGGGGAUCGUGUCGUGCUCAACGGCCUUCAACGCCCUCUCCGAACAUGGCGCCUGCACGGUGGUCUUCAGCUUCGUGUCGGCCGUGCUGAUCACGGGCUUCUCGUCGGUGCGCACGUUCUCGCGGCUUGGGUGGUUGACGUGGCUGGGUUUCACGACCUUCUUCAUCGCGGUGUUCAUCUUCGUCGUCGCCGUGACGCAGCAGGACCGGCCGGCUGCGGCCCCACAGACGGGCGCCUUCGACCUGGGGUGGACGGCGGUGGCUCACCCGACGUUCGUGGCGGGCAUCACGGCCAGCGCCAACAUCUUCAUCAGCGGCAGCGGCUCGCAGAUGUACCUGCCCGUCAUCUCCGAGAUGCGCCGGCCCCGCGACUACCGCAAGGCCGCCAUCGUGGCCGGCAUCCUUGUCGGCGCCAUGUACCUGACCUUCUCGCUGGUCAUCUACCGGUGGUGCGGGCAGUGGCUGGCGACGCCGGCCUUCGGCAGCGCGGGGACGCUGUUCAAGAAGAUCUCGUACGGCAUCGCGCUGCCGGGCCUGGUCGUCGGCGUCGGCAUCUACCAGCACGUCGCGGCCAAGCUGAUCUUCGUGCGCGUGCUGCGCGAUUCGCGCCAUCUGCAGGCCAACACCGUCGCUCACUGGGCCACCUGGCUGGGCAGCAAUCUGCUCCUCGGCGUGCUGGGUUUCAUCAUCGCCGAGGCCGUGCCCAUCCUGAACUACCUGCUGGGUCUGGCCGGGUCGCUGUGCUUCGCACCCUUCAGCUUGAUCUUCCCCGCCAUGCUGUGGAUGUACGACUACAAGACGUACGCGCGGGGCAGUGCCUCGCAGAAGGCCAUCUACUGGUCACAUAUUCUGAUUGUGCUGGUCGGACUCUUCAUGGUGGUUGGUGGAACAUACGGCGUUGCGGUAUCUAUCAAACAGGCCUUCGAUGACGGACUAAUCUCCAAAGUCUUCGACUGCGCCGACAACUCCGGGACCAUCUCUUGA